AUGUCUACAAGAGAGUCGGGUAGAGUCAAAGAUGUAGAGAAAAGGAGAGUUUUAGACGAUGCAGCGAGAAAAAGGAGAGCUCGGAAAGCUGUUGAAGCAUUGGAACAGGAUAACUUCCACGAAGACCCGCAUGCUGACCUGGUUAUGUCAAAAAAGGUGCCCAAAUUUGCAGAUUCCAAUGAAAAACCGACAAGAAAGAAAAAAUCUAAAAGUGCUGAGUAUUACAAAAUGAGAUUCAGAAAGACAUUUGCUCAGUUAGUCGAGGAGGAUGCAAGUUUCAGACCGGAUCCACCGAACUACUUGUCGGCUCAAGUUGGACCGUCCAAAUUUCCCGACCGCCAUUUCUGCGCUGUAUGUGGAUUUCCAUCUAACUAUACCUGUAUAUCCUGUGGUGCUAGAUACUGCUCCGUACGAUGUCUUGGAACACACUUGGAUACGAGAUGCCUCAAAUGGACUGUCUAAAUUAUUUACUUAUUAACAAUUCUGCGCAAUUAUUAAUAUUAGAUUCGAAUAAUCGCAAGCAAUAAAGUAAUUGUCAACA